AUGAAGGUGGCUGUAUUGUCCCUUUUUAUGACCGCUGUGUCGGCCGCCUCACUCCCAAGCUAUAGGUUUGUCGGAAGAGUCAACCCGGCGACCAAACAGCUCACAUGGCCGAGCACCGGAGUGGCUUUCACCUUCAAGGGAACUACCGCCAGUAUCAAGAUUGACGGUAUCACUGGAACAUCAAGCGCGGAUCUGAUCAUCGACGGUGGCAACCCAAUUCUCGUUAAAAAUGUAGAGGGAACAUCGAUCUCGACCCCAAAGCUCACUCAGGGUACCCAUACUGUUGAACUUCGCAAGCGAUCUGAAGCAUCUUUCGGUUCCUUCCGAGUUUCCGGCGUCAGCACGGAUGGUCAACUGGUCGAGAACGUAGCACCAAAGCGCAAGAUUGAGAUCAUCGGCGACUCCAUCACCGUUGGGUACGGUCUUGAUGGCGUUAAUCCUUGUGUCGAUUCAGCUGUUCUGCAGAACAACGGCAAGACAUAUGGUGCUGUGGCAGCGAGAGCUUUAAAGGCGGAUUAUAGUGUCGUCGCUUGGAGUGGCAAGGGUCUCAUCCGCAACUAUGCCCAGAACCCUCCCGACACUUCACCAACGAUGCCGGUUCUCUACACGCGCUACGGAGCCAACGACGCCGAUAACAGUUUCAAGUUCCCCAGUUCAUGGGUUCCUGACGCUGUUGUGAUCAACCUCGGCACAAAUGACUUCAGUUACCUCAACGUGCGCCAGCCAGUCAACCCUGCAGACCUGACUCAAGCUCUGGUCAAGUUGGUGAAGAGCAUACAGCCACACUACCCCAAGGCUCAGUUCUUCUUUGUGUCUUCUCCGCUCCUCAGCGAUUACUACCCUACCACGGCUGAUGCGCAGAAGUCCACACAUGUCAAAGUUCUCAAGGAUGCCAUGCAGCAGCUGACUGGUGUCAAGACUCAUCUGGUUGAUUGGCCUACUCAGGGAUCUGAUUCAGGAUGUGACUAUCACCCAAAUGCUGCUACGCAAGCCAAGGGCGGUGCACUUCUGGAGGCCUCUAUCAAGGCAGCUCUGGGAUGGUAA